AUGGACAAUCGCCUGUGUGGAAGGUUUGAUACAUUGAGAAUCUAUUUACCUGAUGACUUAAACAAUUCUAAAACAUUGGAUUUUCAUAAAAAUGAUAAUCUUAAGAAAUAUUGCUCUAAUGGAGACUCAGGGGAUACAGAAUGUAAUACUGAGGCCGAUAAAAUUAAUGCUGGAUGUUUAUGGCUCUUCGAACAAAAUAUUGUUAAUAGGAUUAGUACUUUAACUAAAGAUCACUCUGAAGUGUUUAUUGUAUACGUCAUGAUAUGGUUAGGUCAUAUGUUAAACCUAAAGAAAGAUGACAAAAUCAAAAACCUAAAUGAUUUUUAUGAUGUGCAUAUAAAGAAUAAUACGCAUUAUACUUAUUGUAAAAAAAAUAAUAGUGAUUGUAGUAAUACAUUAAAAGGAAUAACGGGAUAUACUAAUUUUAAGGAACUCAUAGAAAAAAACGAGUAUUUGAUGAAUGUUGGUAUUAAUGAUAUGUCUAAUUUUUAUGAUGCAUUUAAACCAUUAUGUAACAUGUAUACUGAACUUAAUGCACACAACACAGAAGAUAAGAGAUAUUUAGAAAAUGCAAAAAAAUUUGGUGAAAAAUAUGAAAAACUUCGCAACAAUUCUAAUAAUACUAAGGGUAGUCCCUAUUAUCAAGUAUUGUCUACGUUAUCAAAUUAUUAUAAUAAUUUUAAAGAUUUUUGUAAUAUAAAUAACGUUAAUUGUAGCGAUAUCCCAUCACUUCCAGAUAUAAACACAACACAAAAUUCUGUACACAGUUCUCAACAAGUUUCUGAGCGAACUGUACAAAAAAUUGCACAAAGUUCUGAAGAUACAUCAUCAAGUUCGUCGAUAACAAACAAAUUAAUUCCAGUUUUAUCGAUAAUUGUUGCAAUACCAAUAUUCUUGGGAAUUUUUUAUAAGUAUUCGUUAUUCGGAUUUCGGAAACGAUCUCAAAAACAUUUAAGAGAAAAGCUAAAAAAAUAA